AUGGAAGUUGAUGAUACAGGGCCAGUGGCAUCCCUCAGUGAAAAUAAGAAACGUUUCGAAAUAAAAAAGUGGUAUGCGGUUGCUUUAUGGGCUUGGGAUAUCGUCGUUGAUAAUUGUGCUAUCUGCCGAAAUCACAUAAUGGACUUAUGUAUUGAAUGUCAAGCUAACCACGCCUCUGCUACAAGUGAAGAGUGCACUGUUGCUUGGGGUGUUUGUAAUCAUGCCUUUCAUUUUCACUGUAUAUCUCGAUGGUUGAAAACACGACAAGUUUGCCCUCUAGACAAUCGUGAAUGGGAACUGCAGAAACGCAUGGUGAGUUGGUGCUGUGGUCUUUGUGCAAAUUCAGGAAGUGACGAAGAUGAGGAAGCUGAACGUCAGAGAUUAAUUCCAAGCCCCCAGCCUUCAUACGAUGGGACACAGCAACCAUAUGGAAGUUUUUCACCUCCAGAUCCUGUUACAAAUGAACCUCAGUCAGAUAUCAAUACCAUGAUGACAAAUAUAAUAAAAGUUGCUGAGAAUCAAGUGGUGGAUGCUGGAGCAACAGAUUACAAUCCCCUAGAUUCACAAGAACAUAUUGAACGGUCAAGAUACUACGCGUAAGUUUCUAACAAUUCCUCGUUACUUUAUCAAUUGUUUGGCGUCCAGGCAUAAAUGAGUGAUAUGUACAGCAUGAAUGUUAUCACUAAAACGUGGAUUGCACCAAGUGCAAUGGCUUAAUACCGUUACUGGUUAGCGAUCAUUUGCAUAUCUUUGCGCGUUAUCUAUUUUUAUAACAUACAGGAAAUAUGUACUAUAUCUAAGAAACACUCAUAUCAAAUUUCCAAUUUUAGAAGUUGCGAAAUAAUAGUUGAGACACUUGACUUUCAACUAUUCGACUGAGUCUAAACUUCAGUUUAAACUCGUAAAGUGUGACUUUGAUCUGGGUACGAAAACUCUUAUUUCAUUAGUUAUGUAAAGUCAAUUAUCACUACCAAAUUAAGUCGACGAAGUAAGGGUAUUUAGUAACUCGAAAUGAAGAUAUGAAACUUGCCUACCAUUGAAGCCUUAGCAACUCACCAAAGAAAUUUUGAAACGUGUAUCCAGAAGUGAUAUCUUCAUCCUAUUCUAUAAUAAUUCUAGUCCCCUUCUAAUUUUUCAUUUAUUACAAUGUCUCCUGUUGUAAGCAAAUUAACUCUCAUACGUCCAUCUUUACACGUUUUUCUAAAAACAUUUGGUUUCCUAUGCUUGUUUCUGACAUGUAGAUUUUUAAAUACUUCAUGAUGCAAAACUUACUCGUCCCACAGUACGCUACUGCGUAUGCCGUAUAAUUAUUUAUACUUCUUGACAGCUUAGUUAAUUGACAUCAUCAUGAAGGAAACAUUCUUCGCUCGGUUCAAGGUCGUAAUAUCAACCAUUUUGUAUAAUUUUAGAGAAAGCAUAGCUCGACAGCCUUUAGGCCCGCCACCGUUGCCAGUGUUU